GGCCGUGGUGGAGGGUGUGUGUGUCGCCUCUCGCUCUCCUCACCUGUCAGUGGCCAAAAACUUUCGCCUCAUUAAUAAGAAAAAAUAUUAAUACCCAAAAUUAAUUAUUUAUAACCCAAGUUGCUUAAUAGUCAUCUGAAAAAAAUAUAUAUUGCUAGAUGGUAUUUGUGAAGUGUGAGUGAGUGAGUGGUGAGGAGGAGCUAGGUGACCCGAGAGGAUGAGGCACAAGGACCAGCGGGGCUGCUCAGGGCCACCUUCCCCGCCCUCCAGCGUGGCCAAGGUCCGCAAGGCCUCCUACUACGUGUGGUUCCUGGGUGCUGAGGAGUGCCGGGGCCUUCGGGGCGCAGAGUGCGUGCGCCCCGUCGUCCACUACCUGGUGGGGCGCGAGCGGGAGCAGGAGCCAGAUAAGGUGACGCUGCAGGUGUCUGGCAGGGGCAUCAAGCUCCUGCAGGCGGGGCCUCAUGGCCGCGCUGCUGCGCCCGUCAAGCACUUCAUCCCCGCUUCAGCGGUCACUUACGUCCAGCAGGAGGCGCGCCCUGACGAUGAUAUCGUCUCUGCUAUCCUCCUCAUCUACAACCCGCUCACCCGCUGCCCCGUGCACGUCCAUACGUACCGCUGCGACUCGACCGAGACGGCGGCGCUGCUGCGCGACCACCUGGCGCAGCUGGUGGAGCACCCGGAGCAGCAGGCUAAGCUGGCGGCGCUUGAAUCGCGCCUGGCCGCGCGCGGGUUGCUGCCUGCGCCCUCCACCAGCCGCGGGUCAGAUGGUGCCUCCACGGGGUCGUCGACGUCCUCUGGCGGCGGCGGCAGCAGCUCUGGGCGCUCGCCGCAAGCGGUGCCUGCGGCUGCGGGUCCCGGCAUGGCCACGCUCUACGACUCCCUGGCGGCAGAGCUGCGGGAGAAGCUUGGAGGUCGGGGCGCGCCCCUCCUCCUGCCACCCAAGGAUUAUGACACCCUCAACCGCUCCCGAGGACGACUACCCGACACCCGCCGCGCCCCACCCGCAGCCACCCGCAAGUCCCACGAGGACGACUCCGCGAGGUCAUCCGGUAUUGGUAGCGACGACGCCCCGUCCCCCACUCACGACCGCGAGCUGGACCCUAUCGACAACCAGUCGUCCUCAGGCGUGCACUCCCUCCCCAUCCACCUUCUCCCCAGCCCCGCCUCUCCCCAAUUCUUCCUACCAGAUGAGGAGUGGGAGCGACAUGUGAGCACAGAGGCGAGGGGUGAUGUUGGGCUUAUCUUAGUACAACCGUCGUGGCGUGGACGGGACCCCCCCAACCAGGCUCCAGGACCCCCUCCACCUGCCAGGGUGGCUCAUAGGGCCCCUCCACAACAAGGAUACAUCGCAAGAAGCCAGUCACCGACAAGAGGACGAGCCCGCGGGGCCCACAACUCGCCACUUGGGGCCCGUCACCCAUCACCCACACGGGCUCCUCGUGACCUCUCGCCCAUUAGACCCGUACACCAGAGGAGGACUCCGCCUCGCCGACACCAGAAUGCCAGAGACCGGAGCGAGUCGCCCGUCUCUCCUCGUGAGAGGUUCCAAGAUGCCCGCGAAAAGUUCCGCUCUCUGGAACGAGACUGGCAGCGCCCUGAUCGUCCAGAUGCCCACUCUCGCCCUCAGGGUAUCUCCCGUACUCCAUCUUGGGAGCCUAGCCCCAAGCCCACUACAGGGGUGAGAGAGACCCGUGGUCCUGUGGAACAGGUGCAAGCGAGCCGUGAUGAAGUAGUUUGGCCAAAGAGUGACCGUGACACAGGCUAUGGCUCUCGUGAUGGCCUUCUGCGAGAGCGACCACGGGGCCGUGAAUAUGAUCGUGGCUAUGGCACUGGUGACACACGUGACUCUGACCCAUGGCGCCGUGACCAGGGCCACCGCACACCAGAUCUGUGGCAGAAGGAGCCACGGGUACCAAGUCCCAGCCGUGUACCUCGUGGGCGCAGCCCCACCAGAGACUACAGGGUACCAAGGGUCAGGUCUCCAGAACGCUCCGACUACCAUAGAGCCAAAUCUAUGCAUGACCUGAGCCAACGACGCUCUGCCAAUGAAGAAGAACGUCGAAGUUGCAAUGAUCCACGCAGACGAUCCAUGUACGACACGGCAGAGGACCCACGACCAUUACGAGAGAGUCGUUCUGGCCAUAGAUAUCGUUCACAGGCUAGCCUUCGCCAUCACAAUUCCUGUAGCUCUGACUCUUGCCAUUCUGGUGACAGUUACGAGCUCCCAGAAACUCGCAGGUUUCCUGGUCUAGACCGUGCUACUGCUCGCCCAGAUCCCUUGGAGACUGCCCAUUCUGCCCAUCUUAAUCAUGUCAAUAAACGUACAUAUGAUUACCCAGUGAAUGGUGGCACAGCUGCCGUUCACAUCAGCCGAGCCCAACACGACGACUACCGCCGCUUCCGUUACGAUCACACUGCCACUCCGCAGUUUAUUCGUUCCACCUCUGUCCCCACUGCCCAUUACUGAGUUUGGUACUGCCUCACUUGACCAACAAAGCCCAGCCAUUGUUUAUACACUUUCUUAAAUAUCAUGAUGUUUAGUAAAACUCUUCCCGACUUUUUUUUUUUUUUUUGUGACGUAUAAAGCUGUGUACUUUUAAAAUAUUUUAUUUACUGUUUCUGCUUGUUUAUAGUAUAGAAUUUUUGUUUGAAAUACAAUUUUCAUGAUUUACUUAAUAUUGCUACACAGUUGGUUCAGGAGUGGUUGCCCACCGAUUUAGCCACUGUAAAGUAACACGGAAAGGUUCUUAAAAUACACAGGGAAAUCACAAUACUGUAAUGUGAUGUAUGAGAAUAUUUGGAGCAGGAUGGUGGGAUUGAACCAGUGGGUUCUGGUGGACUUCAGGUUGUGUAACUUUUAGCAUAUUGUGGUCCAUGGGUAUGGGGUUGCAUCUGGGGAUGAUAAAGAACGCUGGUUUGAUCCCAACGUCCUGCUCUGACGACUUUCUCAUGUUCUUAAGGUGUUUUGGCUUUGUCUAUGUGCCACCAACCUGUAAGUGUUGCACAAGUACAGGAGGCUUAACACUGCUGCUAUGAGUAUCAAAACAGGUGUUUUGAUCAAUGCCCCCCCUCCAUGUUCUAGGACUGUACUGUACUGCUUAAUCGUUGUCUCGCUGUAUUAUUGUGUAUGACGUGCUUUCUGUCACACACGAGAAAAAAUAGUGAUAUUGAGAGGUUUUGCAUUUCCUGUGUUAUGAGUUACUAUAUUGUGAAUAUUAAUCUUAAAGUUUGAGCUAUACUGAUUUUAGUCUUUAAUAUGUAAUGUAGCUUUUUUUAUGCUAACUUGAACUAUGUAUAUAUUCUAAUGCCUUUGUUAGCUGCCUGUGAGUACACACAAGCUUGUCUGUGACUGCAAGUUAGCCAGCAUCUCAAACAUAGCUGUAAAAAUAUAAUAAAAAUACAAAAAUCAUAAUUUGCCAUAAGUUUUCAAUUAUAAAAUGUUUCAAAGAGUUGGAUACUCUAGUUAUUCUGCCCUGAUAGAGCAAUUAUAACUGAUUGUACACAGUUAUACAGACUUGUAUAUGUUGGUAUAACUUUAUAUUGGUGUUUUGCGCUGCUGCUGCUUGGGCUGUGAUUGCCAUGGUGAUAUGUGGCAGAGCCCAUGCACCGAAUUUUGCCAAACAUUAAAUUAUAAGCCACAGGAUACUUCCUGCUGCAGAGGGUCCUUCUAACAUGUUGACAAUGGUCUCUCGAUCAGGCAGAAGAAUGUAUCAUUGUUAAGUUUAAGAUAUUUGCAGGCAGUACAAUAAUUGAUGACCACUCUUCAUAGUGGAGAUGGACUGUUGUAACUGAUCACUCUUCACAAUGGUGGGAGACUGUGAUAUGAUGAUCAUUGUAUGAUGGAGAGGUAACUGUAUUGUAACUGAUCACUUUUCAUAAUGGUAAGCUGCUGCUAUUUAUGAUCAUUUAUAAAUGGUAUUAUAUGUUACAAUAUUUAACUAUUGUAAUUUAACCAAUAUAAUUAACUAUUGACUGGCAUCACAUCUGGGUUUUCAAUAAUGUCGGCUUGUUAAGAGACCUAACAGAAUUAUAACUGUUGUGAUAAGGUGUUUCCUACAUAACUGAUCUUGUUACAUUAAUGACCCAAGCUCUUAUACUUUGUAUAUAGAAUGUACAAAUGUGAAGUUGUAUGUAAAUUAUGACAUUGCUCUGAAAGCCAUUAUAUAUAUAUGUUUGCGCUGGUAUCUUUAAUAAAGAUUAAGGGAG